AAACGAUGACGUCGGCAAAGGGCGCUGAAGAGGUGAGUGUUCGCCGCUUCUUCUCGUGUUUCUUCUUCUCCGCAGCCCUGAACUCAUAGCGAAGUUGAAGUGAAGUAAGACGAUGGGCAAGAAGACGAAGAAGCCAGGAAAAGGAAAAGAGAAAACAGAGAAGAAGACAGCCAAAGCCGAAGAGAAGAAAGCUCGCAGAGAAAGCAAGAAACUCUCUCCGGAAGACGACAUUGAUGCCAUUCUGUUGAGCAUACAGAAGGAGGAAGCCAAGAAGAAGGACGUUCAUAUUGAGGAAAAUGUUCCAGCACCAUCUCCUCGAUCCAAUUGUACGCUAAAUGUCAAUCCCUUGAAAGAGACUGAACUGAUACUUUAUGGGGGAGAAUUCUACAAUGGUAAUAAGACGUUUGUAUACGGUCAUCUUUAUCGGUAUGAUGUAGAAAAGCAAGAAUGGAAGUUGAUAUCAAGCCCUAAUAGUCCACCUCCUCGUAGUGCUCAUCAGGCGGUUGCUUGGAAGAAUUAUCUCUAUAUCUUUGGUGGUGAGUUUACAUCCCCAAAUCAGGAGCGAUUCCAUCAUUACAAGGACUUUUGGAUGUUGGAUAUUAAAACAAAUCAAUGGGAACAGCUUAAUUUUAAAGGCGGCCCAAGUCCCCGUUCAGGUCAUCGAAUGGUUUUAUACAAGCACAAGAUUAUUAUUUUUGGUGGCUUCUAUGACACUCUUAGAGAAGUGAGAUAUUAUAAUGAUCUGUACUGUUUUGACCUGGAUCAGUUUAAGUGGCAAGAAAUAAAGCCUAAGCCUGGAUCCAUGUGGCCGAGCGCUCGAAGUGGGUUUCAGCUUUUUGUUCAUCAAGAUGAGAUUCUCUUAUAUGGUGGAUAUUCAAAAGAGGUUUCAUCUGAUAAGAACGGGUCUGAGAAAGGAAUUGUUCAUUCCGACAUGUGGUCCCUUGAUCCUAGGACUUGGGAAUGGAACAAGGUAAAGAAAAGUGGGAUGCCACCUGGACCUCGUGCUGGGUGUUCCAUGUGUGUUCAUAAGAAGCGAGCUUUGCUUUUUGGAGGUGUUGUGGAUAUGGAAGUUGGAGGUGAUGCAUUAAUGAGCUUGUUCUUGAAUGAACUUUAUGGAUUUCAAUUGGACAAUCAGCGUUGGUAUCCGUUGGAAUUGCGGAAAACAAAGUCAGCAAAAGAUAAGUUGAAAAAGAAUCCUGAACAGAAAUCUGAUAAUUCAGAUUUUGAGGUUAAGAUAGAUCCAGUUGAACCAGUCCAUCCUGAAGCGAAUGAGGACGACGGUGAUGCAGGGUACCAUGAAGAAGUUGGGGAUAUGGACAGCAGUGUUGAUGAAUUAUCUCAGUAUCUGGCGAAAAGCUCGACUGUGGAUGAUCUAGAACUUGCUGGAUCUGAUCCAAGGCCUCAUGGAUCCGGUGCUAAAUUGGAUCUCCAAAAUUCUCUGCCUACAGAGAUAGUGAAGCCUUGCGGACGUAUAAAUUCUUGCAUGGUUGUCGCUAAAGAUACUUUAUACAUAUAUGGGGGCAUGAUGGAGCAUAAAGAUCAAGAAAUUACUCUUGAUGAUUUGUAUUCUCUCAACCUUAGCAAACUCGAUGAAUGGAAGUGCAUCAUAGCAGAUACUGAAUCUGAAUGGGUAGAAGCCUCAGAAGAGGAAGAUGGGGAUGAAGAUGAUGACGAGGAUGGUAGUGAAGAUGAAUCUAACAGUGAUAACAAUGACAGCGAUGACGACGAUGAUGACGAUAAUGAUAACACGGAGGCCACCGAUAAUGGUGCCACAUCAAUCCAGAUGGGAGAUGCUGUCGCUAUGAUAAAGGGUGAGGGAAAACCUCUUCGGAGAAAGGAGAAAAGAGCUAGAAUAGAGCAGAUUAGAGCCAGUCUUGGCCUUUCGGAAUCACAAAGAACUCCAAUGCCUGGAGAAUCUUUGAGGGAUUUUUAUAGACGUACAAACCUGUACUGGCAAAUGGCAGCUCACGAACAUACUCAGCACACCGGCAAGGAGCUUCGCAAGGAUGGUUUUGAUCUAGCUGAAUCUCGUUUCAGGGAGCUUAAACCAAUUCUUGAUGAGCUGGCCGUAUUGGAGGCAGAACAGAAGGCAGAAGAGGAAGAAGGGGCUGAAACUAGUUCAAGAAAGAAGGGUAAGAAGAAAAAGUAAGAAUUGGACUGCGCCCAUCUUUGAGCUUCACAUGAACCAGGAAAAAAUAGAUUAUUUCAUUGGUGGUGGUUGUAAUAUUACAACUGUUCUAUAUAAAUAUUUAUUAAGGUGAGCAUGGUUCCAUGCGAGUGUUUGUAAUGUAUAGGAUCUGAAAGAUCCCAAGGAUCCCAGGCUACUGAAUCGGAAAAUAUUAUGACUUAUGAGCAGGUACACUCUUAUGCGGAAUGGUCGGCAUUCACCAUUGUUGUUGCUA